AUAUUCACGUUAAAUGCAUUCAAUUUGUCAAAUUUUAAAUAAAAAAAAAUGUCAAAAUUCUUGUGGUUCCAUAAGUGCCAAAGCUUAUAUUUUUAAAGAAAAAUGUCAGUCAUCACCACAAAGAAGAGGAAAUGUCCUUAAGAAAACAUUUUUAUUAGAUUAGUCUAACUUUGAGAUGGUCUGACCUCGUUUUCAUCCUCCUUCAAGCUGCUGAAAAGCGUGACACUUUGACAUUUGUGUGCCAAAGACUGUUGUUAAAGCUGCAUUGACUUGGAUGAGGGCAUCAUAAAACUAAUGGCCAAAGCUUUGUACAAACAAGCCUCCUUCCUCCUCAAUAGACGAGGAGGAGGAGGGAGUGAUUUACAGUCUGGCAUCCUUUUUGCUCCAUAGAAACCAUCAAGGCUGAUUUAGGAUAAACCUCCUCUCCUGUGUCCUAAAUGUUAUUCUAGGGGUCUAUAAAAGGGAAACAAUACCUUCACACCAACACUAGUCUGAGCUGUGAGUUGAUAACAUCCACCCCAUGGGUGGGACUUUCACAUUUGACGGCUGGAUGACGUUUUCCCCGCACAUAAAUGCUCGGUUUUCGCUGCGCUCCCGCUUCAUUCCUGGGAACUUGGCCCGAGCGCGCACAGGUUCCUCCAGGGCGCAGCGCGAGGCGCAACUUUUGGAUGAGACGGCCACCUGUUGAACAUGCCAGAAUGGAGAGUUCACCGCGCUUGUUUGAGAAAAAUGAGCCACGAUGAGAGACUGAACACGAAGUGGAGGGACCAGAACCGAUCGGAACCGGGGAAGUGGACUUUUGCAGAAUUGGAGAAAUAGGAAAAGACGCGCGUCAGGUCCGUGGAGACGCACAGACAGAAGCAACCCUAUCGAUUGAAUUCCGCCCACCCGGCUUCAGGAUGAAUCACCACAACUGGACUCAGACGUUUGACAACGUCACACCGUCUUCCUCAAGUCUACAUGCGGCCGCAAUGACCAAUUUCACAAAUGGAACCGGUCAAAUGCCCAUCAAUAAGACAACUGCAAUCACAUACCCUAUUGUAUUCAUCGUGGGGUUCUUGGGCAACACCUUUGCUAUCUAUGUAGUGGCACGCUACAGCAAGCUGAACACUGUAACCAACAUCUACAUCAUCAACUUAGCCAUUGCGGACGAACUUUACGUCCUGGGAAUCCCCUUCAUUUUGACCAAUAACAUUUUUUCGUAUUGGCCGUUUGGAGAUUUUUUUUGUAAGAUGUUUAUGACUACUGACGCCAUGUGCCAGUUCGCCUCCACUUUUUGCCUGACUCUGAUGAGCAUCGACCGCUUCCUGGCCGUGGUUUUUCCGAUGCGAAGCGCUAAGUGGCGGACGCCUCCGAAGGCUAAGAUCUUCAGCGGCAUAGUGUGGCUUUUGUCCUUUCUGACGGUGUUGCCGGUCACCAUCUACUCACACGUGCAGGAGGACUUCAACACUUGCAAUUUGAGCUGGCCGGAACCCCUUGGAACGUGGUCCAUGGUCUUCAUCCUCUACACCUCCAUUCUGGGCUUCUUUUGCCCUCUCAUUGUCAUCUCCCUUUGCUACCUGCUCAUUGUUAUCAAGGUGAAGUCUGCCAGCGUGCGUGCAGGACUGACUAAACGGCGGCGGUCGGAGCGUAAAGUAACCCGCAUGGUGGUGAUCAUCGUCUUUGUCUUCGUACUCUGCUGGCUGCCGUUUUUCACCGCCAACAUCGUCAACCUGUUUUACGUGAUCCCGGAGAACGAGACGACGGCGGCCAUCUACUUCACCCUGGUCAUCCUCACGUACGUCAACUCCUGCGCCAACCCCUUUCUCUACGGCUUCCUGUCCGAGAACUUUGAAAAGAACAUGAAGAAAGCGCUGCAAUGCGGAAAACGGAACAAUCCUACAAGCCCAAAAAGUGGUCGACAGAGCACUGCCAAGGGUGUUUGUCUGGAAUUGUUUCAGCAGUCAGUCCAGAUGAAGGUCUGCAGGAACUCUGACCGCCAGCCCAUCACCUCCAAACCCGCCAUGAACGGCCAGUGAGGCCAGCGGACCAGAAAAGUACUCGUCUGCACCAAACGUGCAGUUCACCUGCAUGCCCCGUUGUUCUCAGUAUUUUCUGUUUUCGGCGGAUUUGACUCCUACCUCUCUUGUGUAAUUUGGGAGGACCACAGUGGGAUGAUUGAAAAGCAGCUGGAACUUUCUGUAAUCUCUGCAGUUUUCUGUUUUUUUUUUUUUUUACUUCUAUAAAACUUUCUCACUAAACCGAUCGCGUGGGUAGGAAAAAAGGUUGUUGUUUUUUUCUCCUUAUUAAAAUCUCUCAUCAACAAAAAGCCAUUUCCUCUUUAAGGGGAAAAAAAGGAGAGUUCCCCACCCAAAAACUGAACCAACCCCAUCUUUUUAAAAUGUUUUUAUUGUUAAUGUGCAUCUAUUAGUGUUAUUGACCCUGUCAUGAAACACUCAGGCUUUGUCAUGUCCUUUUUUCUAUGAGAGGAACUAAAAAUUAAAAUAUUUCCUUUUGGAUUCAUGCGUAUUCUCCCCACAGGAAAAACAAAUCUUAACCCACAUAUUAUGUUCAGGCCAAGUUUGACCCAUUUAAAAAGGGUUCAUUUUGAGCUUAAACACAACGUAUGGGUUAAAUUCCCUUAAGACUUGCAUUGUUUUUUAUAUAUCAGAGUUUGACUGUUAGUUGUUAAUAUUUCAAAAUACUGGUUCUGGUUGUGGUUAUUGUGAAAGAGUUUUUGAUUUGUAAUGUCAAAAUGUCCUCAAGCAGCUCAAGCUAAAUGUUUUUCUUAUAUCAAUAUUUUUGUUGCAUAUGUUUAUUGGUUGUUUUUGUGGAUGAAUUAUUAUGUGGAGUAUUUUUUUUUUACUUGAGCCCUGCAAAGACAUUUUCAAGAACAUUUUGAACGUGUCUAAAAAACAAACAAAAGUGGGCAUUUAAAACCACAAUGUUUUGCAACACUGUGAAAUGUGAAAUAAUAGGUCAUUGUGAGUUUUAUGUAUCAAACUAAGCGACAUAAAACCGAACAUAAAUGUAUUGUUGUGAAUAUAAAUAAAGUAUCUGGUGUAUGUGCGCCUCACAUGAACUCAUCUGGUGUUCGCUGCAGCUGGAGGAUUUCAACAGGUUGAGCACUGGGAGCCUUUUUUCAUAAUAAAUUCUGAUUUUUUUUUUGCAGCUGAUAUUCAUUUUGGGACAUGCAAAUUAAAGUUUGAUUCCCUCACAGAGCAGACCACUGAACCAUAUUAGGAAGAAAGCUGCAACAAGAAUGAACCGUCCAAAAUCUGCCUUUUUUACGUGAAAAGGAAAAGAUUUUUAUUUUA